AUGUUAUCCCUCGGAUUGUUAACUUUGUGCUAUGCGGGAUGGUGGUGCGUGCAUUCGAGUGUGAGUGCAGCGUCUUUGACGAGCCGAGUUUCGGAGGCUCCCCAGGAGUGCGAGUGGCAGCGAGUGUCGGGCGGCGCGGGUGAGCCCACACGGGUACAACUUGCGUGCUCCUUGCGCACCGCCGCAGGCGCCACGGACUUGUUAGCUGGACUUAGUACUUCACAAGCACAACGCAUCACUGCGUUAGAUCUCCACUGUACUGAUGUUCUCCUCUUUGAAAGCUCGCUUGAUGUCGGCCGAAGGAAAGAGGAAGGAACCGAACUUCUUUCCCGAUUCCACAACUUAAGAGAAAUGAGAAUAGAGUCGUGUAAAAUAAGAUAUGUUCCCUCCGCUGUUUUAUCACCGCUUAGUGGGCUACGAAGCUUGACUAUUCGUACACAUAAUACGGAUUGGUCAGCUAUGUCUAUGGAGUUUCAUCGUGAUUCCUUCAGAGGAUUAACAGAUUUAAGAUAUUUAGACCUGGGAGAUAACAACAUUUGGAUUUUACCGUCUGAAAUAUUCUGUCCGCUGUAUAAUUUGAAAGAGCUGAAUAUUACGCAAAACCGUUUACAAGACAUAUCAAAUUUGGGUUUUUCAGACUGGGGCAACGGCCCGACAGCUCCUGGAAAAUCUUGCAACACUGUCUUGGAAACUCUGGACAUGUCAUACAAUGAAAUUAGUGCUUUACCAGAUAAUGGUUUAUCAAGUUUACGCGCGCUUCAAAAGUUACUUUUACAAAACAAUAGAAUAUCUUCUGUAGCGGACCGCGCCUUUGUCGGAUUAAGUGAUUUGCAAAUUCUUAAUCUGUCAUCAAACGCCUUGACUGGCUUGCCUCCUGAAAUGUUUCAGUCGUCGAGAGAUAUUAAACAAAUAUACUUGAAUAACAACUCUUUAAGUGUUCUCGCUCCUGGAUUGUUGGAAGGAUUAGAUCAGUUACAAAUAUUAGACAUGUCAUUCAAUGAACUGACAAGUGAGUGGGUCAACAGAGACACGUUUUCCGGCUUAGUUCGAUUGAUUGUUUUAAACUUGUCCCAUAACAGAAUAACAAAAAUCGACGCCCUGUUAUUUCAAGACCUAAAUAACCUGCAAUUUUUGAGUUUGGAGUUUAAUAAUAUUGCGCGAAUAGCAGACGGUGCAUUUUCUAAUUUGAAAAAUCUACAUUCUCUUUCAUUAGCGCACAAUAAUAUCAUUGAGGUAGACAUAAAUCAUUUUUCAAACUUAUAUGUUUUGAAUCAAUUGUUUCUUGAUGGGAACAGAAUCACAAAAGUUGAGAUGCGGUCCUUUGAGAAUAUAACUAAGCUCCAUGACUUAGGGUUGAGUGGCAACCAGUUAUCAGAAGUACCGGAAGCCAUAAAAACGCUUAGAUUUUUAACUUCUUUGGACUUGGGCAUGAACAGAAUAACUAAAGUGUCAACAACACACUUUGAAGGAUUGGAUGAUUUAUAUGGAUUACGUCUUGUGGGCAAUAAAAUUGAAAAAAUAUCGAAAGACACAUUUGUUGCUUUGCCUUCUCUUCAGAUUUUAAAUUUGGCCUCGAACAACAUUGAUCAAAUUGAUGAUGGCGCUUUCGCUUCGAACUUACAGUUAAAAGCUAUUGGACUCGAUGGCAAUAAAUUAGUAGACUUAAAGGGUAUAUUCACGAACACGCAACCUCUUGUUUGGUUAAACGUGUCUAACAAUGAAUUACUUUGGUUUGAUUAUAGCCACAUACCUACUAACCUUGAAUGGUUAGACAUGCAUGAAAAUAAAAUAGAAAGACUUGAAGAUACCUAUGGGGUAAAAGAGACAUGUAAUGUAAAAAUGUUAGACGUUAGUUUUAACAAAUUAAGGAAUAUAGACGAGUUCUCAUUUCCGAGUAGUAUUGAAACUGCUGCUAUCAAUAACAACCACAUAGAGAAAAUAAACCCCGGAACUUUUCUCCAAAAAUACAAUCUUAAUAAAGUCAUGCUCUAUUCAAAUAAAAUAACAACGUUAGAUAUCGGUGCGUUUGCGAUAUCGCCAGUUCCCGAAGAUAAGGAUUUGCCUGAAUUUUAUAUCAGUGAGAAUCCAAUUCAAUGCGAUUGUACAAUGGAGUGGUUACAGAGAAUUAACCAAUUAAGUGACGCUAGGCAACGCCCCAGAGUAAUGGAUUUAGAAAGUGUAAGAUGCUCUUUAACUCAUUCUCGGAGCGAAUUUGAUAUGCUUUUACUAGAAGUCAAAUCGUCGGAAUUUUUAUGCGAGUACGAAUCUCACUGUUUUACUCUUUGCCAUUGUUGUGACUUCGAUGCCUGUGAUUGUAAGAUGACUUGUCCAGAUAAAUGCACGUGUUAUCACGAUCUCACCUGGAACUCCAACGUAGUAGAUUGUUCGAGUGCCGGCUAUGAUCACGUGCCAGAACAAAUACCAAUGGACGCAACCGAAAUAUACUUGGACGGAAACGAGCUUAAAGACUUAGGUAAUCACGUAUUCAUUGGGAAAAAGAAAUUAGAAGUUCUUUACUUAAACAAUAGCAACGUUAAUACUAUUCAGAAUAAAACAUUUAACGGGAUUGAAUCGCUGAGAAUUCUUCAUUUAGAAAAUAAUAACUUAGAAGUGCUACGAAAUACUCAAUUUACAAGGCUUCAAAAUCUCAACGAACUAUACCUGAGCAGUAACAAAAUCAAAGUAAUAGAGAAUGACACCUUUAAUUAUUUGCCUUCUCUUGAGUUCUUGGACCUUGACAAUAACGGGUAUGUUGAUUACAUGCCAUGGCGAGUGAUUACAGACAACAAUCCGCGCACGCGUGUCUCUGUAGAUGGUAACAAUUGGGUAUGUGAUUGUAAAGAUGUAUCUCAGUUGAAUCAAUGGCUUAUAAAAAAGUCAAAGGAUACCGAAAACAUGAUGUGCUAUUUUGCCCACGGCCAGCCCAUGAAUAAAACUAUAGCUGCCGUAGCUAAAGAAUGUAAAACCGAGGCUACCACCGUAGAAACGGGAACGGAAAACCUAAAACGGCUAUUCAUUGAAUCAAAUGACGGCGUUGAAAAUUAUAUACCAUAUAUUGCAGCGGUAUUGAUCAUUACUAUUGUACUUUUACUAAUGUGCGCCCUAUUGUUCAUGUUUAGGGAAGACUUUAAGUUAUGGAUGCACUCGAGAUACGGAGUUCGAGUAUUUAGUUCAACUCCGAGGGACAUGAACGACAACAAGAAUAAACGUUUCGAUGCUUUCUUUGUGUAUAAUCAACGUGACGAAGACUUCGUGACUCGUGCAGUGAGCUCCGAGCUCGAGAAUUCGGGACACACGUUGUGUUUACAACAUAGGGACUUGCAGUUGAUCGAGCGACGAUCCGGUGAUAGUUUAGUUAGUGCUGCGGAAAGUUCUAAAAGACUAAUAAUUGUGUUGUCCAUAAACUUUUUACAACAAGAGUGGUACUCGCUUGACGCUAAAGCGUCGGUGCAGAGUGCAAUAAACUCAGUGAAUAUUAGGCAUAGACGACAAAAAAUCAUAUUUCUUGUGACGACAGAUUUAAGUGCCAUAAAUAUAGACCCAGACCUAAAAGUGUUGCUAAAAACGUGUACAGUGAUCGUGUGGGGUGAAAAGAACUGUUGGGAAAAGCUAAAUUUUCGGUUACCUGACGUGGAUGUGACUUUGCCUAAUCGGACGCUUCAUAACGCGAAUAACAGUAAAUGUGCAAAUAGGGAAGGCUUCAAUAGGCAUGGAAAUUUAAGGUAUACGGCGUCUCCCACUUCUCAUGACCCAUGGUAUAAGUAUGGGAUGGCGCCGCCUAUAUUGAUGAUGUCAAGUCCUAUGCACUCUACCAGUGCGAGCGCUGAAGUGUCAGCUCGGAGCACUGAAGACGAGACUUGCUCAGUAGCCAGUAGCGAAGGUCGCCCGGACGACCGAAUGCCGCAUCAUCAUAGUUAUGUCUCAAUAGAUAACCAUCAGUGCGAAGAGCGACCCUUGAGGCCCGCUCAACAAAUACCUAUGUCAAACACACGCCCUGGUAAUAUGAGAAAGACUUAUUUUGUAUAG